AAAAAUUGAUUACAAUUUAAAAAAUAGUAUUAUUAGUUUAAGACAAUUAGCCCACCAUAAUAACAAAAAUUCUACGUUAUCCAUUCCUAUAUCAAAGGAAACGAUGUAUACAAUAUUUGGCUUAAUUAAAACAUGUUCGGAAUAUUUAAUUCUAUAGUUUUGGGAUAAACUAACAUUGAUUAGUAAGGCAAUCAAAUGGUAUAUCGUAUAAAAGUAACCAAGAAAUUACUCUGCAAAGAAUGUAAAAAAGUUAUCAAUUCUGACGCAUGUAUUUGCAAGACCUGUGAUACAUGGGUUCAUAAGUGUUGCCUCAGUGUACCUGAUAAAUCUUAUAGAACUUGGGCUUUAUUACAAGCACCAUAUUUUUGCAGAUAUUGUUAUAAAAUAGAAGACUCAUUUAUGAGAUUAAAAAUAUCCCCUGAUGUAUCAACGUCUAACAAUGAAUUAGCCUUAAUUAGCAUGUACUACAAGCAUCCCUCUCGUGAAAAUGAUAAUCAAUAUGUAGGGAAAUUAGAUAAAAUUUCUAAAAAAUUGCUUGAAGCUCUUCGCCCGGAACUACUUAAAAGGUAUUCACCUAGGUCUUGCAUAGGAGAUGGAAACUGCUGCUAUAGAGCGCUUUCAUUGGCAAUUUAUGGUGAUGAAAUUCAUCAUUUAUAUAUAAGAUGCGUAACUGCCAUAGAAAUGAUACUUUAUAAGUCAACAUACGAUAUAAAUUCUGCCCUAUAUAUAUUAAGCAAAAAAUACAAUGACCUAAAUAUUUGGGACACUAUUUAUGAUCAAUUAUUAAAGGACGUUUUGACGCCGAUUGAAGGGUGGGCCGAGAUGGCUCAUUUAUAUGCUGCAAGCGCAGCUUUACAGAUAGGAAUUGGGUCCUAUCACUUAAAUGAAAUGAUUGUUGCUCAUGAAACCAAAGAUAAUAAUCCAUAUAAUCGUGAGGUUUAUGGAAGAUCUGUACCUAUAUGGCAACCAGUGGGCAUUAAUAUUUUAUGGACAAAAACCUCAAUAGGGAUAAUGCUAUGUAAUCAUAUAAUAUAUCUGCAACCUGUAUGUAAGACAUAUAGGGUAAAGAAUGAUGAUAAAGAUAUUUUGGAUAUCGAAUGUGAUAAAUAUAUAUAUGACCAUACUUAUUAUGAUUUUCAAAAGUCUCCACCAACACUCUCUGAUGAUGGUUCAUAUAUUUCGAGCGAAGAAUUUGAUUUCUUAGGUAUAUAUCCAUUUAAAAAAAAUGAUAAUAAAACCGUGGUUAAAUCGAUACCAUAUAAUAUUACCAAUAAUUUGAAAACAUCACAAGCAAAUGAAUUUAAUGAAGAAAUAUUAAAAGAUUACUCAGAUAUUUCAGAUGAGGAUUUAUUGAAAAUAAUAAAAACAGAUAUAUUAGAUAUAUAUUAUAUAUCAUAUAUUUCACUUGAACAAUCUGUGAAGUAUAUAGAUAUUGUUCCAAUAUAUCCAUAUAAAGUCGAUUUGACAGAUAUAAAGGAUAUUAAAUCGGAAAGGAUAUACGAUGACUAUGAUUAUGAAUUGCCGUCACCAAGAUUGUGGAAUAAUAAAAGAAUAAUACAUUCCACGCCUAUAAAAGAUAAAAAUUUAGUGGCUUUUACCGCUAAUAUAUCCGAUAUUUUAAAUGAAGAUCUUGUGAAAUAUUCAGAUAUCCUUUCUAAAGGUUUACAUAAAAAAGAAGAAUUAUUAAAUAAGUCUUUUGAAGAUAUGAAGGUUAAUAAGCUAAUAAAGCAUGAUUCCCUAGAUGAUAACUGUAUUGAUAGUGUAAUAUACACUAAGAAUCAUUGUAAAGGAUUUACAUACAAUGAAUUAUUGAAUAUGUUAUUGAAACCAGAAAAUAUUCUAGAAUCAAUUCCACAAGGGACUAAAAAUAAUACUUUUUUUAUUGUAAACAAUAGUAUUAAUUUAAAAAUGAAUAAGGAUGGUUUAAAAAGUUGUUUCCCCGAUGAUUGUGGAGCAUGGACAGGUAAAAAAACGGGUGGUAGUAACCGUUAUUUUGAUUUAGAAAAUGGCGAAAGAAAAGGUCCAUAUAUAAUGAUAGAUAAAGUAUUUUACAUAUUAAGAAAAAUACAUAAUUCUAAUCAUAGAUGUACUAUAAACCCUCAACCUAAUUUAAAUAAUGUAGUUUGCUUAUGUCAAUAUAGUUGUACAUUAAAAAAGGAUCUAAAAUAUAGAAAAAAAUAUCAUAUUUGA